GUACCUGCUCCAAGCCACCCAAUAUCUGUGCUGUUGUUAUUAAAUAAUAACAGCCCAUGCAAUCCAAUGUUGGAAAGUAUGUCAUCCUUCACCUAAAGAAUACUUUUUGUUUUUACUUUUUCUACUUGCUUUGAAUUUGUGAUUGGGAAUCUGAAGAAUCCGGCACAGCUCUCAACCAAUAAUUUUCGCAAGCAUACCUCGAUUCUCAAACAAAGUGUUGUUGUUGGAUACGCUUCUGUAACAUCGCAUGAAACUCUAAAAUCGGGUAUUGAGAUUACCGUGACAAGAGACCAGAGCACUGCCCUGUUGGAUUUUGGAUACUUCUGUAGUAAGAAGCCCGGAAUCUUGGUUCUGCUACUUUACUUGAAUUAAUUUAUACGGGCGAACGAACGGGAUAUAUUACUCGAAACGAUAUUGAAAAUUCGAGCACCAACGGAAAGAGCUGGACUGAGCCAUUGAGUCGAUUUGAGAAUUGCAGCGCCAGAGCAUUGAGAUAUUAAUGGCAAGCAUGGAUGGCCAUUUGUCGAAUAUUAUGGAGCGGGCGGAUAACGAGCCCAUUCUCGAGUGUGAUAGAUUUGGAAAUUGUUUUGAAAGUGAUGAUGUCCCAUUUUGGCUUACAAAGGUUGGUCCGCUGGGGCGUGAAGAAAGUUACGUUCCUUGCUAACUAUGCUGAAUAGACCGGUCGAAUAAUCAGAUGGUCGAUUUUCUGGGGGCUGUUUCUUCUCUUCAUGCUAUGGAUUAUUAUCGGAUAUUGGCAUGCGAAGAGAAGAUUAAGGAAGGGCCUGAAACCAUUAGCAUAUCACAGGGUUAGGAGCCUCAAUCAGGUUGCGUGAGCAGGCAGUGCUAACAAUCAGUAGUGGAUGUUGAAUAGGCAACAACGAGCACAAUAUGAUCCCGCCUACCAGAACCCGGACGUAUACUACAAUCAAUUCCCAGCAGCAGCAGGAGGACAAUAUGGCAUGCAUCCUAUGCCACCUCCAAUGUACGAUCCUAAUGCGCAAAUGCCACCGACAUAUCAACCACCUGCGGGAGCAACCAAAGUCGAUCCCUCGCAAUGGGGAUCACAACCAACAAGACGUCCAGCAGAUGAUGGUGGAGAGUCCGCCCCCGAUUAUGAGGCACCUCCAGGACCACCUCCAAAUCUUCAAACAAAUAAUACUGGCGCGAGCAACAAUCCAUUCCGAGGUUAGUCAUGGAGAGGGGGGGUUUAAUGAAUAUUGAUGUUUGAGUAUGCUGGUAAUGGACUUUCACGAGGGAUUAAAUGUACUAUCAGGAAUAGAACAAUGAAAGAUUGAAAUUCAGAACACA